AUGGCGCAGUGGCGACUGCAAUACAUUGGAGAAACCCACAGCCGGCAGACCCGGUCUCUCUCCCUCGCUCUGUGCCAGGUGCUCAGUGAUCUCCAGGCUGCGCGGUACGUCCACGGCAUUGCGGUACACUGGUACCUGGACGGUCUGGUGCCAGCGGACCUGUCCCUGGGCACCACUCACCGGCUCUUCCCAGAGUACUACUUGUUCGGCAGCGAGGCCUGUGUGGGCUCCAUGCCCUGGGACCGCGGGGUGUGGCUGGGCAGCUGGGAGAGAGGAGAGCAGUACAGCCACGACAUCAUGCAGGAUCUGAACCACUAUGUGACAGGCUGGACAGACUGGAAUCUGGCUCUGGACCAGGGAGGCGGGCCCAACUGGGUCAAGAACUUCGUGGACAGCUCAGUGAUUGUGGACGCCAGCAGAGAUGUCUUCUACAAGCAGCCCACCUUCUACAGUAUCGCGCAUUUCAGGUACUGAGCAGAGCAAACAGAUCACACAGGAUACUGUCUCCCCUGUCUCUUCUCAUCUCCUCUGUAUCAACCCCUCUCUCUCAGUGCAGUGU